GGGCCGGUCAGGCGGGGCGCGCGCCGCGGGGGGAGACAAAGGGGACCCCCACCCCGCCUUUUGCAAACACGCACCCUCUUUCUCUCCCGGGGCCGAGAUGUGGAUCCAGGUUCGCACCAUCGACGGCUCCCAGACACGCACCAUCGAGGACGUGUCUCGUAAAGCCACGAUCGAGGAGCUGCGCGAGCGGGUGUGGGCGCUCUUCGACGUGCGGCCCGAGUGUCAGCGCCUCUUCUACCGGGGCAAGCAGUUGGAGAAUGGAUACACUUUGUUUGACUAUGAUGUUGGACUGAAUGAUAUUAUUCAGCUGCUCGUUCGUCCGGUCUCUGAUCUUCCCAGCACUUCCAAACAGACUGAUGUGCAGGUCAAACCCUGUUCUGCUACUCCACCCAAAGCCAAGAAAACUCAAAGAGUGGCAUCUUCCAGUCAGCCGUCCACCUCAGCCCGUGUCUGUCUCAUCGAUCCUGGCAUUGGACUUUAUAAGGUGAAUGAAUUGGUGGACGCCCGAGAUGUCGGCCUGGGCGCCUGGUUUGAAGCACACAUCCAUAGUGUUACUAGAGCUUCUACUGGACAUUCACGGGGCAAAACCCCCCUGAAGAAUGGCAGCUCUUGUAAAAGGACUAAUGGAAGUGUAAAUCAUCAUUCCAAAGAGAACACAAACAAGUCAGACAGUGCCCCGUCCACGUCUGGCUCGGACUCUGCCGAGGGUGUGACUUACCACAUCCAGUAUGAUGAAUAUCCAGAAAGUGGUAUUCUAGAAAUGAAUGUGAAGGAUCUUCGACCACGAGCUAGAACCAUUUUAAAAUGGAGUGAACUAAAUGUUGGUGAUGUGGUAAUGGUUAAUUAUAACGUAGAAAAUCCAGGAAUAAGAGGUUUUUGGUUUGAUGCAGAAAUUACAACAUUGAAGACAAUCUCAAGGACCAAAAAAGAACUUCGUGUGAAAAUUUUCUUGGGGGGUUCGGAAGGAACAUUGAAUGAUUGCAAGGUUGUAUUUAUAGAUGAAGUCUUCAAGAUCGAGAAACCUGGAGCCCAUCCUCUCUCCUUUGCUGAUGGAAAGUUUUUAAGGAAAAAUGACCCUGAGUGUGACCUGUGUGGUGGAGACCCAGAUAAGAAGUGCCGUACUUGCUCGUGUCAUGUAUGUGGUGGGAAGCAUGAACCCAACAUGCAGCUUCUGUGUGAUGACUGCAACACGGCCUAUCACAUAUACUGCCUGAACCCCCCUUUGGAUAAGGUCCCAGAAGAGGAAUACUGGUAUUGUCCUUCCUGUAAAACUGAUUCCAGUGAGGUUGUAAAAGCUGGCGAAAGACUCAAGAUGAGUAAAAAGAAAGCCAAGAUGCCAUCCGCAAGCACUGGGAGCCGGAGAGACUGGGGCAGGGGAAUGGCUUGUGUUGGUCGUACAAAAGAAUGCACUAUUGUCCCUUCUAAUCAUUAUGGGCCUAUUCCUGGUAUUCCUGUUGGAUCAACUUGGAGAUUUAGAGUUCAGGUCAGCGAAGCAGGUGUUCACAGGCCCCACGUGGGCGGAAUUCACGGUCGCAGUAAUGACGGGGCUUAUUCUCUCGUCCUGGCUGGCGGAUUUGCAGAUGAAGUAGACCGAGGUGAUGAGUUCACUUACACUGGAAGUGGUGGUAAAAAUCUUGCUGGUAAUAAAAGAAUCGGUGCACCAUCGGCAGAUCAAACAUUAACAAACAUGAACAGGGCAUUGGCCCUAAACUGUGAUGCUCCAUUGGAUGAUAAAGUUGGAGCAGAAUCUCGGAAUUGGAGAGCUGGUAAGCCAGUCAGAGUGAUACGCAGUUUUAAAGGGAGGAAGAUCAGCAAAUAUGCUCCCGAAGAAGGCAACAGAUAUGAUGGCAUUUAUAAGGUGGUGAAGUACUGGCCGGAGAUUUCAUCCAGCCAUGGAUUCUUGGUGUGGCGCUAUCUUUUAAGAAGAGAUGAUGUUGAACCUGCUCCAUGGACUUCAGAAGGAAUAGAACGCUCUAGAAGAUUAUGUCUGCGCCUACAGUACCCAGCGGGUUACCCUUCAGAUAAGGAAGGAAAGAAGACAAAAGGACAAUCCAAGAAACAGGCCAAUGAAAGCACAAAACGGCCCCUUUCGGAUGAUGAGUCUCCAAGUGCCUCCAAAAUGUUCAAAGCGUGCGAUUCUGCGGAAGCAGUUGAGGCUUUCCAGCUGACCCCUCAGCAGCAACGUCUGAUUAGAGAAGAUGCUCAGAAUCAGAAACUGUGGGAUGAAGUGCUGGCAUCACUCGUGGAAGGACCAAAUUUUCUGAAAAAAUUAGAGCAAUGUUUUAUGUGUGUCUGCUGCCAGGAGCUAGUGUACCAGCCUGUGACAACUGAGUGCUUCCACAACGUUUGUAAAGCUUGUUUGCAGCGCUCCUUUAAGGCCCAGGUCUUCUCCUGCCCUGCUUGCCGGCGUGAUCUCGGCCCGAAUUACGUCAUGGUUCAAAAUGACAUCCUGCAAACCCUGCUCGACCUCUUCUUCCCUGGCUACAGCAAAGGACGGUGAUGUGUCCCUUCCGUCGCGCCGUCCCGCCGGCGUUCGGAUCCACACACAGUCUGGAGUGGGUGUGGAGGGUGGGAGCGGUUCUGGACCGUCCUGUUCGGAAGCAGCUAAUCUUUCCCACAUAGCCAUCAUCUUGUGUGUAGUAAGAGGCCCGUUUCUCAACUGUCUUUGAAAUAUCAAAAGGUAGUUCCCAUCAGUAACACCUCGUGUUAAUGAGUAGAAUAUCAAAAGCCUCAGCUCUAGUUGAUAUCCAAGUGACGAUUUAUUUUGCAACUACCUCAGGACAGAAAAGACGUGUGGGGGAAUCUUAAAAAAAACUCAUCAACUAGUCCAAUGAAAUUUUAGCUACACACUGCCUCCCCAGUAUUAAUUGUGCCUGGUUAUCCUUGUCAUUUGAUUUUAAAGACGAGACGGUGACACUUGAGAUACUCGGACUGAACGCAGCUUCUGUAGUGCGCCUGCUUACUGUCCUGUUCUUCCACUACGGUGUGUGUUUCGCAAGGACAGGUUCCCUUUUUCAGCCUGUGCUCCGUUGUGUUUCCCUUCCCGGUGUUUUAUGCAAGUUGACUACUAAUGACUAGCGAGAACAAUAUGAAUGCAUUGUUGCCGCAUUAGUGUCGUGUGGUGUGGUUUUGCACUUACAAGAGGUGUUCAGAUGCUGUAGCUGUGACUGUUCAUGAGGAGCCACUUCCGCAUUCGUCCAGCUGUUUUUAGUGAGUCUCACCAGUGGUUUUACAUCCACAGAGUAUCGAGGGCUGUGCUUUUAAGAGGACUGAAAUUGCUUCAUAUUGUGAUCCUAAAUUUUAUAUUCACUAUAUUCCCUAAAGUAUACCUUAAUAAAUAUUUUAUGACCAGAAAAACUGUC